AUGGCUACAGCUGAACAAUUUUCAACCGCUGCCGCACCUGAUUGUUUAACAGCCAGAGGUUCUUUGUCAAACAAAAGCCCGGGUAUGAAGGAGAUUACGAAGCGUUUGGGUACUGCCGGUGCUACUCGCCUUCCAGGGCGGAGACCGCGUGAUCCGCACUGUGCCCUUUUGGAGACGCCGAAAGUUAUGGCUACCAACCGCUGUCAAUGGCGUUUCUAUUCAGAUUAUUUGAAUGAAUGUCCGGAGGUGCAAGUAUCUCGGAAUGAUUGUGCCAAAUUGAGGAAGUUGGACGACAGAGAUUACAAACUGAACUACUUUAUCCUGCCGCAAACUGAUUGGGGCCUGCGCUCUUCGGUUAGACGUGAAACGGAAAGAUCUGGUAUGGUCAUGCAUGUCGUAAGUAGUUCCAGUACAGACCAUGCUUUAAGUGGACGCAUAAGGGAGUUAUUUGACUUUUCAUUCGACCAAACUAUGUUGCCUACUGGUUUGUUGUCCUAA